AUGGCCGAUAGACGGAUCAGUCUAAGCAGGGACGCAGGUGAUGAUACUGGGUCGCGGACAUCAUCGGUACCGCUUUUGGGUGAAGGCUUGAAUAACGCACCUGAGGCCGGUGCCGCCCCUGAGCUGGAUGGGAAGACCGGGAAGCGGAGGUUCUGGGGCUUAGGCAGGAAGAAGGAAGACGAUAAGACUAAGAGGACCAGGGAGAUUGCUUCAACCAGUAUCCCCCCUCCGACAGCUACAACAGCUCCUCCGAAGUCUAUGCGUUCGGUGUCACCAAUCGCGGGAGUUGGUGCGCCAAUCACGCAGACGAUCUCACAUCCAUACGGCGCGCCAGCGUCUCCAUCGCGCAAUCUCAAUUCGUCGUCACCUGGGAUACCAUCGCCAGCUUCCUCACAAAUAUUCGAGCGCUCUGUCCAAGAAGAUGGUCUCGCCUCCUCCGUUUCACCAGCCAUACCAGCGCACAUUACCACCGAGAAUCACAUCCCUCCUGUCUUAGAUGCCUCUUCAGUGGCAAUCACAGACGAUCACCUGAAUCCAGACAACGUAGAAAUAAUAAUGCACUCAGCCCAUCAGCCUGCUGCAGUAACGGUAACAGGAGCUGGAACAAGCGAAGCCACGGGAGCUUCUUGGCAGGAGGACCUUGUCGCCCAUCCAGACCAAGACGAUGCCGCGUCAAAUUACGGCGCAUUGGAUUCGAACGACGUCCAUCGGCUCAGCUUCAUAUCAUUUGCUGAUGUUGUGCACGCCGAACAUGUGGAUCACUCUGGUGGUGUUGCGCCCACCAUUUCUAGUCCUCUCGCUGCUGCUCGCAACCGCUCACCGUCCCCCGUGCGCUCUCCACUGUCAUCUCAAGGUCUAGGCGGCUCGCCAGUAGCAAGUGGGUCCGACUCUUCUCGUGGUCUGGAGACUUCUCCCAGUCGAGGGGGGCAUGGACUCGGCAGCACGUACUCCGGCCACAGUCCGCCAACAGGAGGAGAACUGACGAUUGAGACCAUGAGGCAAGCGUUGAGGAAGACUGGAAGUGGUGACUUAAGUGGUGCAAGGGGCGCACCAAUGAGUGCUGUGGGUGGAGAUGCAGGGGUUGGCGAACAUCCUUUCAAGGAUGUAUGA